AUGGUUACCACAGUAUUUACUAAUGGCCGUAUCCUCUGUCCCGGCUCAUGGGAUGGCUUUGUCUCAACCCUGGUAGUUGAGGAUGACCAUGUCGCGCACAUCGGCUGGGACAAUGAUGAAGCGGUUGUCAGAAUUCAAGCCACAGCAUCAAUAGUUGACUUGAUGAAUCGAAUAGUCCUCCCGGGGUUUAUUGAUGGACAUGUGCAUAUCCUCAAUUUCGGUAUGUCGCUGGAGAAACUCGACCUGCUGCCUUGCAAAUUCCUCGCAUAUAUCCGAAAUGCCAUCACUUCCUAUGCAGCAGCUCACCCAUCCGAUACACGCAUUUUGUGCCGAGGCUGGAUUCAGUCGGUUACGGAGGGCAAAGCCCUUGCAACCGCCUUAGACGACCUAGAUCCACGACCUAUCUACAUCGAAGCAUUGGACCUCCACUCAACGUGGUGCAAUUAUGCAGCUCUCGAAGAACUCGGGGCUCACUCGAAACCCGAUCCUCCAGGAGGAAAGAUUCAUCGGUGCCUCAACGGCAUCCCACCGAGUCACAUCCAUGAAGAAAAGCUAGUCGCAAUCAAUGCUGCUAUGGAUGCACAUCGACGUGCUGGGUACACUGGAGUUGUAGAUAUGGCUAUGGGGGAGAGUGAGUGGAAUGCGUUGAACAUAUACCGAGAUCAGCGUGGUGAGCUUUCGAUGCAUGUGGCGGCACAUUGGUUGGUGCCCUACUCAAAAUGCGAGGCCGAUAUCUGCAGUCACAUUGAUCGCGCCAUUUCACUUCACCAACGCUUCAACCGCAAAACCUCCCCUGGGUUUUGCAUCAAUGGCAUCAAGCUCAUCUGUGAUGGAACAGUCGAUGGGUGUACGGCUGGGCUGCAACAGGCGUAUGGCGGAUGUUCCAACAUUGUCGAUCCAAUCUGGCCUGCUGAUUCCCUUGCAGCAGCCAUUCGCCGCGCUACCAAUGCCGGUCCAGGACUUGCCCGCCUGUCGUCAUCGCAACAUCUAGAGAUAACAACCUCUGAAGACGCGAAAAGACUUGGUCAACUCGGAAUAAUGGCCUCAGUCCAGUCUUUUCAUCUAGAUCCAGCGAACUUUGGCGCAUGGCCAGAGAUGCUUGGUACUCAGCGCUGCAAGCGGGCUUUUGCCUACCAAGAGUUCGUCGAUAGCGGUGCUCAUUUGGCCUUUGGGACCGAUGCCCCCACUGCGGAGCAUCAAGCACUGCGUAAUCUUUACGUUGCUACUACUCGGCGGUCUUCUAUCGACCCUUCCUCGCAGAAUACCGUCAAUUCUGAGUUUGCUGUUUCUCUUACGACCGCAGUCUCAGCAGCUACUGCAGGGCUGCAUAUGCUUCUUUUUCAGACACGUGGACAGGGAGUCUCCUUCCGGGAUACAAGGCCAAUUUCAUUGUGUUAA